AUGAACAAUACUAACAUUAGUUGCCAAAAUCCCGCUACUAUUGAUCAUUUUAUCCAUUUAAUGGCAAAAAAAGGUGGUGGUUUUGACAUGAAAAAUAUUGAAGGUCUAAAAACAAAAAAAGUCGAAUAUGGAUAUUUAGAGCUGGAAAUAUUAACUACAGAGCAACAUACUAAUUAUAGCCGUUUUUAUAUUCAUGGGGCCUUUCAGUGCUUUUUAUUUGACAUCACAUCUGUCCUUAGCUUUAAGACAACCGACCCACUUGAAGAUUAUAGCUAUGCCAUUACUAUAAACAUCAAUACCACUUUAAUAACACCGUUACCCAUGGGUAAAAGGAUUAGAGUUGUUGCAAAAAUUGAAAAGAAAACAUCAUCUAUGGCUUUUUCAAAUUGUUCAAUCAUGGACGAAGAGGGUAAUGUUUAUUCAACUGCAAGUGUUAUUUUGAGAAUAGCUAAACCAAGUUUAUAA